AUGUCUCCAGCUGCGCUUUCCCCGGAACCCUCUUUUCGGGUUGAACCUUUUAUUAAAACCAAAGAUCAGAAAUUUAAUUUUGGUGCCACGGUCAUUGGUUUGAAUCUCGACGAAAUUUCAGACCACGACGUCACCAAGUUGAAAGAGACCAUCUGGACUCAUAAGGUGAUUGUGGUCAAGGGGCAAAAGCACUUGGAUCCCAAGAAGCAUUGGGAACUUGUGACCCGUUUUGACCCUGACGCUCCUCAACUCCACAGCCACGGCAAUAUCGAGACUUUCAACAAGAAGGGCGGCUUACUUGCAAAAUCACGGGAGGUAUAUGGGAUUCCAGGAGCAGAGAAUGUGCGCCUGGUUGGCAAAGGGUUUCAAGGCGAAGAUCAUUACGGUCUGAAGAAUCUGACUGUGAAAGGUUUGUCCAACGAUUUCCACGCCGACGCAUUGGACGAUGAGGACUUCAAAAAGGGCAACACGAGAUUUCAGAGAUGGCACAUUGACGCACCACUGUAUGACCGUGAUCCAGCAUGGUUCACAACGCUCCGUGCAUGUAAACUGCCUUCUGGGCCACAUUUGACAAUCAGAUGGGAUGACGGGUCUGGGUUGAGCAUGAAAAGUCCGCCAGGCCUAACGGCAUUCUUCAGCACUUCCCAACUAUAUGAGAUGCUUAGUCCAGAUGAGCAACGGAUGGCUGACCACAGCUGGGUUGAAUAUGCACCACAUCCAUAUCUAUGGAUUGAGCAUUGCAAAGGAAACACCACGGGCCUGGGACUGAAGAACCAGGGCAAGGAGCAUACAAUUGAGGAAAUCGGUGAUUACGAUGAAACUGCUGUUAAACGAUAUCCGUUUGUGUGGAUCAAUCCUGUUACCGGCGAGAAGGCAUUCCAAGUCCACGGCAUAUGCGCUCGCAAACUCUUUAUUCGUUCUUCCGCAGACGAAGAGCCCAAAAUCAUUGAUGACGUGGUUGAGAUCCGGUCAAUUCUUCACAAGAUUCAGUCGCGCAUCUUACGUCCAGAGUACAUUUGUCUCCCUCAGAUUGAGGAGGGCGAUGUCGUUAUGUGGGAUAAUUACGGUUGCUUUCAUAGUGCUGUGGAUUAUCCAUUGGAGAUGUAUGGUCCUAGGACAAUGCAUCAAGCCAAUAUUGGCGCAAGCAAAGGUCCUGUUGGACCAGUGCCGAUUCCAUCGAUUGGAUGA